CAUGUAAACUAAGCAAGGCGAGGUAUAUAUAAGGAGAGGAGGGGCUAAGAAAGAAACCAAGUUAUAUAUAGUAGACUGAGAGCUGGGAAUAUCAAGGAUUAACAUUACUGUAAUACAUCAAAUCAUUAGCUUGUAAUAAGUUGAUUAUAGAGAAUAUAAUGGGUAAAGGGAGAGCACCUUGCUGUGAUAAAAGUAAGGUUAAGAAAGGGCCUUGGACACCUGCUGAGGAUUUGAAGCUUAUUUCUUUCAUUCAGAAGAAUGGCCACGGCAAUUGGCGCGCCCUUCCCAAACAAGCUGGAUUACUGAGGUGUGGAAAGAGUUGCCGUUUAAGGUGGAUUAACUACCUUAGACCUGACGUAAAGCGAGGAAAUUUCACCCCACAAGAAGAGGAGACCAUUAUAAAGUUACAUCUCUCUAUCGGAAACAGGUGGUCAAAGAUAGCAUCGCAGUUGCCAGGAAGAACUGAUAAUGAGAUUAAAAAUGUGUGGAAUACCCAUUUGAAGAAGAGAAUAAAGAAAGAGGAAUAUUGCAACAUGAAAAACAAUAAUUCUUGCGUUUCAUCACCAUCUUCCUUUUCUUCUUCAUCAACUUCAAUAGUACAACCACCUUCUAUACAUCAAGAUGAUCAUAUUCCCUGUCAAGAAGAAUUGGGAGAUCAUAACAUGAAGGGCCAAUGCAUAGAUACUUUAUCAAGGUCUUGCUCUCCCAGUACCACUACUUCUUCAUUAAACCUCUCCAACGUUGAUCAACUUUCGAUGGACAAUCAAGUAAAUGAAAUCCCAUAUUCAUCAGUAGGAGCAGUCGACGAUAAUAUUAUUGAUUUUUGGGACUUGUUGGAUACUCCUAUUGAUUUGGAUACUGAUAUAGAUAUGGACAUUACUACUCAUCAGCUGCCAGUGGCCCAAUAUACACCACAAGGCUCAUCAGUUGAAUAUGAAUGUCAAAAGUGGUUGAGAUACUUGGAAAUUGAACUCGGACUAACAACUAGUAAUAAUGAACAAUGUUGUGACGGUUUUGCCUCACGAGACCAAAAUAGCGUCAUGCAAGUCUAGUCUCUAAUUACAACUAGCUAGGCAAUCUUCAUGUCUCCAUAUAGUACUAUAUCGAUAGUGUCUAUUAUUAUGGCAAUUAAUUAGCCGGGGAGUUUAAGUUUUAUACAACGUAUGUCUAUGUAAACAAUUUUAAGUUUAUACUGACGGUGCAUAUUACUUAAACACAUGAUUUGGUCAAGAGACCAUAGGAGUAA